ACCUGGGGUCCCGCGGAACUCUAGCCGCGCGGCCGCGUCACGCACGCGCUCGGCGCCGUGAGCCGCGCAUAACGAUAUUUGGAUUUGAACUGCAUUUUGGAAUUCAUCUACACUUAAAAUGCCACCAGUAGUUGGAGGUCCAGUUGGAUACACUCCCCCAGAUGGAGGCUGGGGGUGGGCAGUGGUAGUUGGAGCUUUCAUUUCCAUUGGUUUCUCUUAUGCAUUUCCCAAAUCUAUUACUGUAUUCUUCAAAGAAAUUGAAGGUAUAUUCAAUGCCACCACCAGUGAAGUGUCAUGGAUAUCCUCCAUCAUGUUGGCUGUUAUGUAUGGUGGAGGUCCUAUCAGCAGUAUCCUGGUGAAUAAAUACGGCAGUCGUCCAAUCAUGAUUAUUGGGGGCUGCUUGUCAGGCUGUGGCUUGGUUGCAGCUUCUUUCUGUAACACUGUGCAGCAACUUUACUUGUGUGUCGGCGUCAUUGGAGGUCUUGGGCUUGCCUUCAACUUGAAUCCAGCUCUGACCAUGAUUGGCAAAUAUUUCUACAAGAGGCGACCAUUAGCAAAUGGACUUGCCAUGGCAGGCAGCCCUGUGUUCCUCUCUACCCUGGCCCCCCUCAAUCAGGCUUUCUUUGGUAUCUUUGGCUGGAGAGGAAGCUUCCUAAUUCUUGGAGGCUUCCUACUAAACUGCUGUGUGGCUGGAGCCCUGAUGCGACCAAUAGGGCCCAAGCCAACAAAUGCAAAGAAAGACAGGUCUAAAGAGUCCCUUCAGGAAGCUGGAAAAUCUGAUGCAAAAAAAGGGGCAGGUGAUGCAAAUACGGAUCUUAUUGGAGGAAACGCCAAAAAGGAGAAACAAUCAGUCUUCCAAACAAUUAAUAAAUUCCUGGACUUAUCCUUGUUCACGCACAGAGGCUUCUUGCUAUACCUCUCUGGAAAUGUGCUCAUGUUUUUUGGACUGUUUACGCCUUUAGUCUUUCUUAGUAAUUAUGGCAAGAGUCAGCAUUACUCUAGUGAGAAGGCGGCCUUCCUUCUUUCCAUUCUGGCUUUUGUUGACAUGGUAGCCAGACCUUCUAUGGGACUUGUAGCCAACACAAGGUGGAUAAGACCUCGAGUUCAGUAUUUCUUUGCUGCUUCUAUCGUUGCAAAUGGAGUGUGUCAUCUGCUAGCACCUUUAUCCUCCAGCUAUAUUGGGUUCUGUGUCUAUGCGGGAUUCUUUGGAUUUGCAUUUGGGUGGCUCAGCUCCGUAUUGUUUGAAACGCUGAUGGACCUUGUUGGGCCCCAGAGGUUCUCCAGCGCUGUGGGAUUGGUGACCAUUGUGGAAUGCUGUCCUGUCCUCCUGGGGCCACCGCUUUUAGGUCGUCUCAAUGACAUAUAUGGAGACUACAAAUACACAUACUGGGCAUGUGGCGUAAUCCUAAUCAUCGCAGGCAUCUAUCUCUUCAUUGGUAUGGGCAUCAAUUAUCGACUUCUGGCAAAAGAACAGAAAGCAGAGAAGAAGCAGAAAAAGGAAAGUAAAGAGGAGGAGACCAGUCUAGAUGUUGUUGAGAAACCAAAAGAAGUUACCAAUGCAGCAGAAUCUCCAGAGCAGAAAGGCACAGAAGGAAGCCCCAAAGAGGAGGAGAGUCCAGUCUGAACCCGUGGGGCUGAAGGGUAAAUGGAGCAGCCUGUGACCCAAGAUAUCUGAAGAUAUUCUGCUGGCCUGUAAUCUACCAGUGGUGCUCAAUGCAAAUAGUGGACAUUGUGUGGAAAUCAUACCAGGUGUUCAUUGAUGGAAUUUUUGUUUCACUCCUUACCAGUUGCCUGAAUUAAAAAUGCCAUAUCUUUUGGGGAGGAAGUGGUUGGCAAAGAAUGAGGGAGGAACGUCUUUUUUUUUCUUUUUUUUAAUCUUAGCUUUUAACAGUGUCAGAAAGAUUAUAAUAUGUGCCUUAAGUUUUAGUCUUUAGAACUCUUUAGGGAGCCUUAACUUUUUAAACCAUUCUGCUGAAUUCAUCUAUUUUAAGUGUCAUGUUAAAGGAGAAAAUAACUAACUUGUUUGAAGCAAAUCUAAAAUUUAAAAUUAUUCUUGCUUCAUUGUAAUUUGUAAUAUAUUGUCAGACAUUGUUACUGGAAGAUUUAUGAAUAGAAAUAUUGGUUGGAAGUUGGGGCUUUUAUAAAAUUCUGACUAAAAUAUUUUCCUAGCAUCAGUAGUUAGUUGCCUGGCAUAUGUGCCUGCUAGCUAUAUAUUUAGGAACGUAAAGCAUAAAACUUUGGAAACUUCUUGGCUGUUCUAGACACAUUGUACUCAUCAGCACCCCUCUAGUAUUGUUUCUUGGGAUGCUUAUUAGAAGCCAAGUGCUUGAGAGUUAAUUUCAUUAAAUUAUAUUUUUGUUUUCCUUUUCAGAGACCUAUUUUGAGUGGUUAUAGAUCAUUGCCCUUUUGAGAUCACUUAGUAUUAUUUUUUUCGCUGUAAAAGUAUUAAAAUAUACAGAACUAUAUAUUUAUGCUUCCUUGGUAAAUACAACAUAUCUAAUUAAAUGUAGACAGAUAUUUCAAACAGCAGCUGGAUUCAGUUUAGGUUUUUCCAAAACCUCAGUUAAGCUGUGAGACUUGGAAUCUUUCUGUUUUCCCUGGAAUUUUCCCCCUUUGAUCCGUAGUAGUUCCAUUUAUAUCUGCAUCUAGCUUAGAGCUGUGUGUGAGAUACUCAGUCUUUGUAUGUUUAAGGUUUUUUUUUUUUUCCCCCAAUGUUUGCUAAUUAAAGAGAGCCAGAGAGAUUUGGCCCCAGGCAAACCAAUGAGGAUAAGAUUGGGAGGGAAGUUGCUAAGUGUACUUACUUUUAAUAAAUAACUCCUUUUCUUUUUUCUGAGAAGGCCUUAAAAAAAAUUAUGUUUUGCUUAGAAUUAUUGGACACAUUCUUACUCUCCACACAAAUCUAAAGGGUUGUGACCCUUUUCACUUACCUGAAAAGUAGAGAAAUGGGUUUAUUUUAAGGAUAGGAGGGAGGAUGGACCAGAAUGAAACUGUAUUUCUUAACCUAAUAUCUUUUAAAUUGAGGCAGGAAGAUAAUGAUAGACAUUCAAUGAAUUAUAUUCAGUGCAUUUUAAAGUAGCAUUGUAAUUGACAGCGAAAGUAUAGAUACAAAACCUUGUAUAAGGGGCUGGCUUUUCCAAAUAAACUUUUUUUUUUUUUUUUAAAGAAAUGUUUCUUCUUUAAAAUGUGUAUUUUCUUAAGGAAAAUAUUGCUGUCUUCAUUUUCUUUAUCAAGAUUCAAUUUGGCCCUUGCUGAUAUUAAAUUAAAUCAUUCAGCUUAUGUGCUUUGG